CGACACAUAGUUGAUAUGCCUUGUCCGAAAACACCGAAGCCCAAAACGGUCCUUUAUUCAAGUGUACGUGUGUGUGUGUAUGUGUGUGUAUUCUUAGCUUUGCUCGUCUCUCUUCCGCAAUCCGGUGGAUUCGUUACCUUUUUGCUUUAUCAAGAUAUUAAUAAAGGUUUCACCUGAUUGAUGGGAUUCUCCUUCUCUUCAAUCCGUUUCGGUUUCUUGAGAAUCACAUUCCUCCUUGCUCUCUCUUGCGUCCUCUUCGUGAGCCCUGUUGAUUCCAGCGCUCUAAAGCCUAAAACAGAGCAUGAUUGCAGUGCCCUGAAGCACUUUCACGACUACGAAUCAAAGUGCGCUUACCUGAAAACCAUCGACCCUUGCGCGAGCCAAGGCUUCAUCGAUUACCUCUCCUUACUCUAUUGUAAUUUCGAAAAGUUUCCACUUUUGGGUCAAUCUCUCCUCUUCCUCUGGCUCCUUGCUCUGUUCUACGUGUUGGGCCACACUGCAUCCGAGUAUUUCUGUUCAUCUCUCGAGUCUCUCUCAAAGCUUCUCAAUUUAUCUCCAACCGUUGCCGGCGUGACUCUUCUCUCGCUAGGUAAUGGCGCUCCUGAUUUGUUCGCGAGUUUGGUCUCUUUCAUGGGGGAGUCAAAGGGUACUUACGAUGUUGGUCUCAACACUGUUGUGGGAGGCUCUUCUUUCGUCACGUGCGUUGUUGUUGGGAUUAUAAGUAUCUCGUUGCGUACUAGAAGUGUUCGGAUCGAGAGGUCUGCUUUUAUAAGAGACGUUUGUUUCUUCUGUGCAGCUAUUGGCUCAUUGGCUUUGAUUUUGGUUUAUGGAAAGAUUAACUUCUGGGGCGCUCUUGGGUUCUGUUCACUGUAUGCUGUUUAUGUUGCCUUUGUGUAUCUUUCUUGGAGGUUUGGUGGAGAAGGUGGUGAGUUUGAUCUUGAGUCAGUUCAUAAGCGUGGGAGUCUUAGUGAACCAAUCUUGCAGAGAGACGAUCUUGAUGAUGGUGUUGUUGAAGAAGAGCAUCGUAAUGUCGCUGAUGAUGACGAUCAUCAGCGACAUUACUGGAAGUUGGUGGUUUGGUUUAUCACUCUGCCUAUCUACUUGCCAAGGACACUAACUAUUCCUGUUGUUAGUGAAGUCAAAUGGUCUAAACCAAUAGCUGUUGCCUCGGUCACAUUAGCUCCGCUUCUGUUGUCGUUUCUAUGGAACUGGAAGCGGAGUCCAACGAGUUUUGAGGCAGGAGUUGUGUAUCUAACCGGGUGUUCGGUCGGUGUAGUUCUUGGUGUCACUGCAUUAGCCACAACCAAGAAGUCAAACCCACCAAAGAAAUGGUUAUUACCAUGGUUAGCAGGAGGGUUUGUAAUGAGCAUGACAUGGAGUUACAUAUCAGCACAAGAACUCGUUGCGCUUCUAACUUCAAUAGGUUACAUUUUGGGCGUUAGCCCGUCGAUCUUAGGCCUAACGGUCCUAGCAUGGGGAAACUCUAUAGGAGAUCUUAUAACCAACGUGACCAUGGCGUUACACGAUGGGGACGAAGGAGCUCAAGUGGCUGUAUCGGGAUGUUACGCGGGUCCUAUCUUUAAUACAUUGUUUGCUCUUGGGAUAUCGCUUGUGGGAUGUGCGUGGGAGGUUUAUCCGACGAGUAUUGUGAUAAAGACAGAUCCUCGUUUGUUGGAGAGUCUUGGGUUUCUGGUCGUAGGACUGGUUUGGUCGUUCUUGGUUCUGUUUAGUAAUCGGAUGAGGCUUGGUGGUGUGAUGGGUUUAGGGCUUUUGGUUAUUUACUUGGCUUCAUUGUCUAUAAGAAUUGUACAAACAAUUGGAGAUUCUUACUAGCUAACCUUUGAUUUAAACUCAGAGUUUCAUACGUAUAUAAUCUUCGCAAUAUGAGUAGCUUACUAUGUAUAGGUCGAGCAUGGGAUGCAUGUAUGUAUAAUAAAUGUAGUUAUGGAAUUCAACGAGAGUAGCUAGAAAUUUAAUACGUGUAAGAUGCUCGACUAGUCAACAAUCUCUACUCAUGCUUUGCUUGAUGAUAAAGUUUAUACAUGCCCACACAAUCUUUAGGUCAUGCAUAGUAUAAUGUGUACUAUAUUUUUUCUUGGACAUAUUCUUUUUGUUUCAUAGAGGGAAUUACUAUAGUCUAUUUAAGUCUCAGUAUUGAGGGAGUUACUUGAAUCGACAACACUCGUCUCUUU